GGCCAAAGUUGUGAAUGAAAGCACGCCCCGCAUACCGGCUACGCGCGGAACUCUUAAGGCGCAGCCCUUGCGGGGCCGGAGCUCUUUGCGUGUUACGCUGAGGCUCGGCCGGCGUGUCGCGGAGGUGCAGCCGUAUUUUCCUUCCCCCUCUUUGUCGUGGAGGCGGAUUCGGGCCGAAAUGGCGAUGGCGGCGGACCAGGAGCUGGUGUCGUGGUGCACGGAGCAACUGCGCGGCGGCUUCGGGCUGGAUGUCGGCGAGGAGCUCAUCCAAUAUAUAUUGUCUAUUGAGGAUCAGGAGGAGUUUAGAGAAUAUGUCACUGACCUAAUCCAGGGCACAGAUGGCAAGAAGAAGUGCUUCAUAGAUGAAUUCAUAGCCAGGUGGCAAAAGACCUAUCAGCCAACUUCUGACCCUUUGCUGCUGCAUCGGAAAAAAGAUGAUAUUUUAGAGGUUUCUCGCCUGGGAGACCAAACCAAGAGGGGAAGACGUAAAGGAAGAAACAAAGUGGAAGCACCUGUUUAUGUUGAAGCUGAACAGCCUGCAGAACAGGUGAAAACACCACUGGACUUAGCCAAGGCCCAGGAGAUAAACAGUAGCAGCUCUUCCGCCAAGAAGAAAGCAAAAUACGUCAGCCUGUACACAAAAGAGGGCCAGGACAAGCUGGCAGUCAUGCUUCCUGGACGCCAUCCUUGCGAAUGCCUAGCCCAGAAGCACAGGCUUAUCAACAACUGCCUGACGUGUGGCCGCAUCGUCUGUGAACAGGAGGGCUCCGGACCUUGCUUGUUCUGUGGGACUCUGGUUUGUACAAAAGAAGAGCAGGACAUCCUUCAGCGAGAUUCCAAUAAAAGCCAGAAGCUGCUGAAGAAGCUCCUGGCAGGCAUCGAGAAUUCGGGGAAAGUAGAUGCCAGCGGAAAGGAUUUGCUUCCCCGUCAGGAGGCUCAACUGAAAGCAGGGCUGGAGAUGGCGGUGAAACACAAAGACAAACUGUUGGAGUAUGACAAAACUAGUGUACGUCGAACUCAAGUGAUCGAUGACGAGUCGGAUUAUUUUGCUACGGAUUCCAACCAGUGGCUCUCUAAGCAGGAAAGGGAAGCCCUGGAGAAGCGGGAGAAAGAGCUGCGGGAGCUGCGCCACGCAUCACGGCUCUCCAGGAAGAUCACUAUUGACUUUGCUGGACGGCAGAUCCUCGAGGAGCAAACCAGUAUGGCAGAAUAUCACAGCAAAUUGGAUGAAACAGUCGAAGCUAUCCACAGUGGCGCUUUGGUCAAGCCAAAGCAGAGUCUUGAAGGGAAAUGUGAAGAACGUAGAGUCCUGGUGAAUCCAAGCCUGCCUGAAGCAGCCCCCGUGUGGGUAGACCAAACUGGUUUGCUCCCACGCAGAAAAACUGGCCCUCCUGCAGAGACUGAAAGUGAGGACAACUUGGAAAGAAGCCGAUUACGGGUUCAGGACCGAGAGAUACAGGAGAUCUCGGAUGACGGCUGGUGCCUUAGCUUGCAUCAGCCUUGGGCCUCCUUGCUGGUCAGUGGAGUCAAACGGGUCGAAGGCAGGACGUGGUACACAUCGCAUAGAGGCCGACUGUGGAUCGCCGCCACAGCCAAAAGGCCGUCCCCUCAGGAAAUCACUGAGCUGGAGGCCUCCUACCGAAUUCUGCUCCAGAAAGAUGUGGAAUUCCCCCCAAAUUAUCCCUCUGGCUGCCUCCUGGGGUGUGUGGACCUGAUUGACUGCUUGUCACAAGAGCAAUUUCAGGAACAGUAUCCGCAGCGGAGCCAAGAGUCCUCCUCUCCAUUUGUCUUUAUCUGUUCUAAUCCGCAGGAGAUGGUUGUCAAGUUCCCCAUCAAAGGCAAACACAAGAUCUGGAAGCUGGACUCGAAGAUUCAUCAGGGAGCCAAGAAGGGGUUAAUGAGGCAAAAAGCUGCCAGGGUCUAAGCUGCAGACCACAGAACACCUGCGCCAUGCAUAGAGAGCAGAAGAUGAUCUCCUUCACGCCCCCUGACACUCGCUGAGACGUCAGAAACAGAAACCCCAGAGAUGCAGGAAGGAAAGAACCGAGGGCCUUACGAAAAUCCACAUCUUAAUAAAGAGGGUAGGGGGGAAGCAAAAAGGGAAGUUGCUAAAAACUUAUAUAAAUAUUGCUAUCAAAGGGUAAAAUUUUGUGCCAAGUUGUUUGUUACCAGAGGAUAGUGUCAGAGGCGCUCAGAGAAAAUGGAAUCAUGGGCCAGCAUCACUUCUUGAUUGCUUGUUUCUCAGCUGGGUCUUGGGGUGUUUCUGGAAUGGUGGUGUGCCAGAGAAUGUGGGCAGAGGUUUCUGUUGUUUUGUUGUUGUUUAGUCGUUAAGUCGUGUCCACCAC